UUGAGCAGUUCGAGUCUUCCAAUAAUAGCUCCACUGCGGCAUUGAGUUAUCAGUUAGUUUAGUAUUACAUUUUACAAUCGGGCUAUAGACCCGUCUAAUGCCUCAUGAAUCGUCACUGCAGUAAAAAUAAAAAGUGGGGAGAGCACGUGAAUCUGGUCCUCGCUGAUUUUUUUUUAGUGCGUAAAAAAAUAACUAUAUAUUUUUUCAGGCCGUCUAAUAAUUUGUCUAGGUAAAAAUGAAUUUGAACGCGGAUUUCACAAUUGGUCAUAAUGGCAGCCUACAUUUUGGUCUUUACAUUGGAGAUCUUUAAGAAUUUUGAACGACGAACCGUUUGGGAACCAAAUAUACUGGCUCUUUUACGUGAACAGACAAAUUAUGUCAUAAUUUUGAAUAACUAAUUGAAUGUGAAUAAUAAUGUUGAUCCAUAUUUGUGUUAAAGGGUCGUGGUUAUGGUAAAGACAAAACUAAAACUAUCCUGCAAUGUCAGAAUACAUCAAUAGUUGACGUGCGGGUGGGGUUAGAAUCGACGCAGCUCAACCUUCGGGGCGGAGAGCGGGAGCGAACGACCGUACGGAGAGUCAUCAGGGUUAAAAUAUUCUGCCUUGGGGGUGGGGGGGGGUGGGGGAGGACAUACUAUUGCCAAGCCGGCGACGAGAUUGGGCCUGUGGUGCCUGCAACCCAGCAAAACAUGGAGCUCGAGAAUAUCGUGGCCAACACCGUCCUGUUGAAAGCAAGAGAAGGAGGUGGUGGAAACAGAAAAGGAAAAAGCAAGAAAUGGAAACAGAUGCUUCAGUUUCCCCACAUAAGCCUGUGUGAGGAGCUCCGGGAAACUACAGAGAAAGACUACAUCAGCCUUUGUGAGCGGCAGCCAAUCGGACGCACGCUCUUUCGGCAGUUCUGUGAAACCCGGGCUGAGCUGAGACGCUGUGUCAAAUUUCUGGACGCUGUGGCAGAGUAUGAGGUCAGUCCAGAUGAGAAGAGGAGGGAGUGUGCUCAGGAGCUCCUAGACAAGUACUUCAGUCCAAAGUCAGAGGAUCACAUUCCUGAGUUGGGGGAGGACAUGGUGGGUCAGUUUACAGAGAGGCUGGAGCAGGAGCCCUGUAAAGAACUCUUCAAUGAGUGCACCAGACUGAUCCAUGACUACCUGAGUGUGGCUCCCUUCGCAGACUACAUCAACAGCAUGUACUAUAACCGAUUCCUGCAGUGGAAGUGGCUGGAGAGGCAGCCAGUCACUAAGAACACAUUCCGACAGUACAGGGUAUUAGGGAAGGGAGGCUUCGGUGAGGUGUGUGCGUGCCAGGUGCGUGCCACAGGGAAGAUGUACGCAUGUAAGAAGUUGGAGAAGAAGAGGAUCAAGAAGAGGAAAGGAGAGUCCAUGGCCUUGAAUGAGAAGCAGAUUCUAGAGAAAGUCAACAGUAGGUUUGUAGUGAGUCUAGCAUACGCGUAUGAGACAAAGGACGCUCUGUGUCUAGUGCUCACUCUGAUGAACGGGGGAGACCUCAAGUUCCACAUCUAUCACAUGGGAGAGGCCGGCUUCGAGGAGAAGCGGGCUGUGUUCUACUCUGCAGAGCUGGCCUGUGGCCUGGAGGACCUGCACAGAGAGAGGAUCGUCUACAGGGACCUGAAGCCUGAAAACAUACUAUUGGAUGACCAUGGUCAUAUCCGGAUAUCAGACCUGGGCUUGGCAGUCCACGUUCCCGAGGAAGAGACCAUCAAGGGUCGGGUGGGCACUGUAGGGUACAUGGCUCCAGAGGUGGUGAAGAAUGAGCGCUACACAUUCAGCCCAGACUGGUGGGCGCUGGGCUGUCUGCUGUAUGAGAUGAUCGAGGGCCAGUCUCCCUUCCAGCAGCGCAAGAAGAAGAUCAAACGUGAGGACGUGGAGAGGCUGGUCAGAGACGUGGAGGAGGAGUACUCAGACAAGUUCUCAGAGGACGCCAAGUCCCUCUGCAAAAUGUUGCUGGCUAAAGAACCCAGUGAGAGGCUGGGCUGCCAGGGGGAGGGGGCUACGGAGGUGAAGGCCCACCCCAUCUUCCGAUCCAUCAACUUCAAGAGGCUGAAAGCUGGCAGGCUGAAGGCCCCCUUCACCCCUGAUCCCCAGGCCAUUUACUGUAAGGACGUGCUGGACAUUGAGCAGUUCUCCACGGUCAAGGGGGUGGAGUUGGAGCCCAAAGAUGACUCAUUCUACUGUAAAGUGUCCACAGGCAGCGUGUCCAUCCCCUGGCAAAUGGAGAUGAUUGAGUCCGAGUGCUUUCAGGAGCUCAACGUGUUUCAUACGGAUGGGACAGUUCCCCCGGACCUGGACUGGAGAGGACAGCCCUCGCCUGCUCCUAAACAGGGGCUGCUACAGAGGCUUUUUGGGAGACAGGACUGCUGUGGAAACUGCAGCGACAGUGAUGAGGAGCCCACCAGGCUGUGACUGAGCACCCUCAUCCCAGCCUCACAGAGGAUCUCAUUUGUUUACAAAUUUUGCACAUUUGUAUUUUUAAGAUAGUUCUAUAUAAAUAUUGGCAUGUAUAUUUUCAAUAUAUAGCCAUAAAGUCCAUGUUAUUUAAAUGUAAUCAUGAUUCAGAAUCCGUCCACAUUUUCAUGCAUGGCAACAACAGCUGUGACCAUACUGUCACCCCCACAUCUCAUUUGUUGAUGUUGUUCUCAGCCGAUAUCGCAGGCCUCUUUUCUUUGUCUUAUAAAAAGUGGUGACGGGGCUCAGAUUGCGAACAAUUUUUAUUUUAUUUGAAAUGUAUAUUCAAAAUAUAUAUUAUUAAUAUUUACUUCGUGCAAUUCUAGACAAUCAAAUUAGGAUAUUUGUGUGAAGCGUAGGCUUAAAAGGCAAUUGAAGACUGAGGUGAACUCUUAGUAUGAGGUGAUAUGUACAUUUUAGGGUUCUAUCUAGAGACAUUUGAUGUAAGCCAAAUAGAUAUGAUACAUAUGUAAGUGCACAAGUGCAUAGAAGUGUACCAUAUAUGUGACCUCUAAAGUCCUAAAUGUGUCUUCCUAAGAAUCUGGGUUUAGGUAAAAAAGCAUGUUAGUUCCCAACCACAUUAUGAGCUAGAGAAGGGAAUUUUCUAAAAACGCCCUGCGUUAUAGUACAGUAAUUCAAUUGCCAAAAGGGACCUUUUUGUAACACGUGGAUAGCCGAGAAUGGCCUUGGAGUUUCCUCUACCAUGGCAUCCUCUAGAUUGCUACACUUUUGUCACAGAGCUCCUGAGUUUAAUUUAGCGGUGCACUUAUGACCAAACUGGUUUGUUUUAAUCCUCAAAAUAUUUGAAUAAUUAAGUCCUUCCCAUUCAAGGUGCUUCAGACCAUGCUGCCUCUCUCUCUCUCUCUCUCCUGUCUCCUCUGCCGCUGUUGUACCUCAUGUGUUCCUUUGCCAUGCUGAUGUGUGUCUGUGCAUUAUGUCACUCAGUGGGAUUCUCCUUGCGGAUGUGGGACUAUAAUAGGACUGAGCUCCCUGACAGACUAUGUUAUCCCCCGCUGAACCCUCCUGACCAGACUCUAUCAGACUGAGGAAGAGGGGUCAAAGGGGAAGGGAGAGGUUACGGAGAGGUUAAGCCAUCUCCAUGGAAACCUCUGCACUCCCAACGGAAGUGAAAGAGACUUCCAAAACUCCUCUUACCAUCCCCAUCUCUCAUUGAAAUGUUGUUUUAUUGUGUGUGAUUCUCAGAUGAACUUGUCUACAUUCCAGUCAAUACCGUACUGUACUGUGUAAAGUUAUGCUACUUUUGUUUAUUUAGCCAUAUGACUUUUUUUAACCGGUAUAAAGUUAAAACCACAACAACAACAGCUCCACCGUGAUACUAGGGCAGGACUUCUAGUCGGAUUAUUAUGACUUUUCUUUACAAUGUGCUCCUGAGUCAGGUUUACACAUUGAGAGAGGAGGGAGGGCCUCUCUGUCUGUCUGCAUCCAUGUCACACCUCUGACACUUUCUUCUUGCAAUGCACUGAUGUUUUGUGUGUGUCCAUAUUUUACCAUAACCACUAGACCAGUGUUUCAUAAACUCUGUCCUGGGGACCAGCGGGGUUACAUGUUUUGGUUUUUGCCCUAGCAUUAUACAGCUGAUUCAAAUAAUCAAAGCUUGAUGAUUCGUUGAUUAUUUGAAUCAGCUGUGUAGUGGAAGGGCAAAAACCCAUACGAGAAUGCCUUGGGAUCCCCAGGACCUAGUUUGAGGAACCCUGUACUAGGCUCUGUCCUGGUCAUGAUGAGUGAACGUGCUACUGUACAAGGGAGUUCUUGGAACGUUCUCGGAACAUCUGGAGGAUGUCUAAAUCUCUGUUAGUAUUCCAAGCCCAACAGGAGAGCACAAAGCAACAGGUUUUGACAGUGGGUAUGAGAACAGUUCAAUUUACCAAACAUAUACUUGAUUUUUAACUCUGUAAAGAAUGGAAUAGACCCACUGGGCAAUAACUGAAUUCAACAACAACAAAGAAAUCUAUGUGAUGACGUUGAAUCACCGUGGAAACUGAUUGGAUUUGCAAGAAGUCAGCAACGUCAGGGAAUUCUGUACUUUUUUUCACCCAACUUUUAAUCUAAAUCCAAUGACAUGGUGACAUUUUUUGUUGAUUUCUCAACUCAAUCAAAUGUAAAUCAAAACAAGGCAACGGUAAACACGUUGUCCCCACUAAUGAUGCUGCAUCCCCUUGGGCCAAUUAGUAACAACAAUUCAAGCUCAAACGGGACAGGAGAUAUGCUUGUUCAAAGUUUGGAAUGUCAGUUAAAUACUAUAGCGCUGUUCCCUAUGUGAAAAGACUAUCUGUGAAGUGAAAAUGGCAGUUAACGUCUGUUAGUGCCAGACAGUCAAGUCAUGGCCUUGUCCAGUUCGUGUGUCACAUACCUUACUUUGACUUCAAAGGGUUCAGGGACAUUUACUUACGCUUUUAAUGUUUAUCUGUGUGUUUGUUAUAUUGUGUUACACACCUUCUGUGAUUCUUUCUACAAGCCUUUCUGGUGAGCUACAGCAGCUGUAAAAAGCUAUUUGGUGGACCAUGUGCUGAACUGAAAUGCUAGGCUAUGCUAAUGCUAGGCAGUAAAACUGGUCGUGUCUUUAGUAAGGUGCAUCCUUCCUAACAUUAUCCUGCCAUCUUUAUCUACCUGUACAAUACUUCUACGUUUUAUUUCAGUUAUUUAUUUUUUUAUCAUGUGCUCAAUGUUUUUACCAAUGUGUUCGCUUCCAAACUGCUUUCAGUGUUCUGUGUUCUGUAAAUGUUUUUGGUGUGCCGCCAUACGCUUGACAUUUUGUCAACUAUGUUCAAACUGCACUAAGCCCUCACACCUUGGAGGCACACUUUGUGUUACACUUCACUUGGAGAACAUGUUUGAGUAUGAGGUGGAGGGGGAAAAAGUAUCUGAAAGUCCAUACAGUGGGGCAAAAAAGUAUUUAGUUAGCCACCAAUUGCGCAAGUUCUCCCACUUAAAAAGAUGAGAGGCCUGUAAUUUUCAUCAUAGGUACACUUCAACUAUGACAGACAAA